AUGGAGGGAAGAACAGCUGGAGAAGACGAGUUACUUGAUCUGAAUAAAAAACCAAUUGAGAGAAAAAGAAAAAGGAGAGAAAUUGAUUUUUUAAGUGCCAAUGUAAAGGAGGAUUCUUCGAAUGGCUCUGUGGGGAGGGUUUUGAGGUCAAGGACAAUGGCUAUGACUGAUGGUGAAAAACAAGUCAUUGAGUUGGAAACAGGUAAUGCGGAAGAAAAGGAUGAAGGAGAGAUGCAGGUUUCACUGAAAAGUAAAACAAUGAAGGGACGGCGAGGUAGGCCCCCAAAAAAUAAAACUGGUGAUAGUGGGUCGAGUUUUGGGAAGAAAUAUGAUAAUGUAACAGGGCAGAAGACAGUGGAUGAGGGUAAUAAAGGGAAUGGCCGAGGAAGGAAAAAGGUUAAGGGUCGGGUUGGAAGGCCACCCAAGGUGAAGGACGGGAUUUAUGGAAUACUUUUAAAAGAAGAUGACAAAGUAAUGGAGCAGAAGACAGUGGAUGAGAGUAACAAAGGGAUUGGCCAAGGAAGGAAAAUAGUAAAGGGUCGUCUUGGAAGGCCGCCCAAGAUGAAGGACGGUUCUGGAAUAGUUGUAAAGAAGAAAAAACGUAUGGGAGUGAUGGAUAAAGGCAUUGGUGUCGAUGUCUUUGAGAAAAAUGGUAAUCAUACGAAGGCUGAUGUUCAUGGCAGGGAAAAGAGGAUAAAGGUUAAUCCCGAUGAUGUGGGAAAGAGUGGAAUGAAGGAAGAAUCGGAAAAAGUGGAGUUUGCUGAAGGAAAGGAAAAGGGACGUAGGGAAGAGAAGCAGUUACUGAGGGAUCAGAUAGUUUCUAUGCUUAAGAAGGCAGGGUGGACUGUUCAGUACAGGCAGAGGCAAUACAAAGAUUACCAAGAUGCUGUCUACGUAGACCGAGAGGGAAGAACUUACUGGUCUGUCACCUUGGCCUAUAGAAAGCUGAAGGAGAGGAUUGAUGCUGGUGAUGCAGAAGAAAACGAUGUUGCCGCAUUCAGCCCGAUACCGGAGGAGGUGUUCAGCAUGCUAUUUAGAAUCACCGAGAAAGGAAAGAAGAAAAAGGAAGGUGCUGGAAACACUAGCAAAGGUAUUGCUAAAGAGGAGUCAUCUAAGAAUAAAUCAAUAGACAGGAGGAGAAAAAAGGUUGGUGCUGGAAGUAUGAGCAAAGAAAUUACCAAAAAGGAAUCAUCUACGAGUAAAUCAUUAGGAAGAGGAAUUAAAUCAAGAUUGAAUAGGGGCAAAAGACGAACUCUAUGUGCUCGUAGACCUGGGGAGGGGUCCGAUGGAGAGAACGAUGAACUAUAUAAGGGGAAACGCACAUUGCUCUCAUGGAUGAUUGAUUUGGGAACAGUUCCCCCCAGGGGGAAGGUGAUUUAUAAGAAAAGAAAUAAUACAAAACUAACGCUUGAAGGGAAGAUUUAUAGAGAUGGAAUCUGUUGUGACUGUUGCAAUAAAAUUCACACCAUUAGGGACUUUGAAUCUCAUGCAGGAGGCGGACUUCAAAAGCCAUAUAAGAAUAUCUAUUUGGAAUCUGGGGUUUCUCUUUUCGAAUGCCUCAAGGACUCCUGGACUAAGCAUUUGGCAACUGAUCAUAUUGAAUUUGUUCUAGUGGAUAUGAACGGCGAUGAUCCCAAUGAUGAUAUAUGCAACAUUUGUGCGGAUGGUGGUGAUUUGAUGUGUUGCGAUGCUUGUCCAUCGGCAUUUCAUAAUGUCUGCUUGGGUGUUGAAAAGGUUCCCUCUGGAGAUUGGAUCUGUGUAUGCUGCUCAUGCAAAUUCUGUGGAGUGGCUGGUAAAAUUACCUCAAAGAUCGACAAUGAUCACGAUUUAGUUGAGUCUGAAUUAUUCACGUGCCGUUUGUGUGAGCAAAAAUUCCACCUGCCUUGCAUUCGUGGGAAGGAUGCUAGAUAUAUGGACUACCACAAUCCGUCUUUUUGCAGGCCAGAAUGCCAGAAUAUUUUUGAUCACCUACAGGUACUGCUCGGGGUGAUACAUGAACUAGAAGAAGGAUUUUCCUACACUAUUCUUCAGCAUAAUGAUAUAAGCAGUGACUCAUCAGUGGUUGAAAGCAAUUCCAAAUUAGCUCUUGCUUUUUCUGUCAUGGAUGAAUGUUUUCUACCUAUCAUUGACCACCAAUGCGGAAAGAAUAUUAUUCACAGCAUUGUCUACAGCUGUGGGUCAAACCUUAGACGGCUGAACUACAGUGGGUUCUGUACCAUUAUUCUAGAGAAGGGUGAUGAAAUUGUUGCUGCAGCAUCUAUAAGGAUCCAUGGGAGUCAGUUAGCCGAGAUGCCUUUCAUUGGAACUCGUUUGAGGCAUCGACGUCAAGGGAUGUGCAGCAGGCUUCUGAAGGGAAUUGAAACGGUUCUCAGCUCUCUUGGUGUUGAGAAACUGGUCAUACCUGCAAUAUAUGAACUUAAUGAAACAUGGAAAAAUGUUUUUCAUUUUGUGCCUCUUGAAGAGUCCAAGAGACGAGAAAUAAGGCUCAUGACUACAGUAGCGUUCCCAGGGAUUAAUAUGCUGCAGAAAUCUCUACUAAAGCAAAGUAUGCAAGAAGAGCCUACUGAGGAUAUCGGUGGUCAAGUCCAAAAUCUGGAUGAAGUUACUGCUAUGGUUGAUUCAGGUGUCGACUUGACUCAUGGCUUCUUAGCUAUGGAAUCAACUGAUGUUGGAACCGAGCAACGAAGAAUGCGAGGAAAUCAUUGUAAGGACAUCGAUAUUCUAGCUGCAUCUGAGGUCGAAAUCCACAAUCGCGAUGGAGUUGAUGCUAUGGUUGAUUCAAGCGCCGACCUGACUAAUGGCUUCUUAGCCAUGGAGUUGACUGAAGUUGGAGCCGAGCAACAAAGUAUGGAAGAAGAUCCUAGCAAGGAUAUCGAAUUUGCAGCUGUUGCUUUUGAAUCAGGUGCUGAUGUGGCCAAUGUCGUCUUGAAUAAUUCAUCUGAUGUGAGAUCUGGUACAGCGGGUGUCGAAGAAUCUUCAAACCAUGAAAAUCACCUAGAUCAUCAAGAUGCCAAUGCUGAUGUGAAUUCUGGAGGGAAAGCCGAAGAAGAGGAACAGGAACUCUGA